AUGGCGUCCUGGUGUGUUCAUCUCAGCGUGUGCCCCCCAGUCCAUCGCCAGGGGCCCCCAUUUACCUGGUGCUUUGUGCUCAUCCCUGUGCACGGCCAGGUGUGCACCAUUCGGCCUGGGCACCUGGAAGUCCCUUACGGCAGUAGUACGUCGGCUCUGCGCUGCGCGUGCGCAUUCGGCCCGCUGUGUCUGCGGUUGCUGGGGCUGCUGAGACCUGACGGGGCCGUGGGGGAGGAGGUGCAAGUGCCGCAGCGUCUCAGGCCCAGGGCUGCCCGUUGGCUGCCCAACUUCGGCCAGUUCAACAAGUACAUAGAGAAGCUCUGCAACAGCAGCGUGAAGUCCAAGAACGCCAAGAACUCUAAUGACGCGAGCAACCCCAAGAAUACUCCACCAGCAAACGCUACGAAACCCCUAUCAGCGAACGCCACGAAACUCCCCCGACAAAACACCACGAACCCGCCACCCUGGGACGCCGCGAAACCCCGACCAGGAGCCUCCUCCCGGGGCCGCAGAAGCCCAACUCAAGUCUCCCUGCCCACCGACCCUCUUUAUAUUCUGAGAGGGGCCCAACUCCUGCCCAGCCCGGCCCCAGUGAGAACAAUAAAGAGAAACGGAAUCUCUGUUGCUUCCUUGACUUCUGUGGGCCCUGGGCAAGAACGGACCUGCCCGUGGAGGCGGGAGAGGGGUUCCUGGAGCUGCUACAGUAGGAGGAAAAAGACGUCCGCUGUGGGGUCUUCCCUGCUUCCUCCCUGCGACCCAUCCACCUUCCCCCACCUCAGGUGCUCCCAGGCCAGGAAAAGAGGAGAGAGACAAGGUCACUCCCUCCCAGUCGCAGACACACCAGCCCAUCCCCACCUAUUCUGGAUGCCUGAGAAGGGCGAGGGCUGGCAAGGGCCACUGGGACCCCUCGUCAGUGCAGGCCUCCCCGGGCAGGAUCCGGGUCCUCACCCUCCCAGAGCUGGAGUGUGCAAUCCACAGAUCGGACUCCUGGCGGUGGCCGGAGCGCCCAGCCAAUGCAACCUCCUCCCUGGAAGGCCGAGUUCCUCCUGCGGCCUCCCCUCCUGCGACUGCUUGAAUAGCUCUUAUGUCCAGGAGUUCACUACCUCUCAGGGCAAGUACUUUCCAGUUUUCUGGUUCUUUGAAGAUGAAACUUACAGUCAAGGAAAGCGUGCCUUCCGGAGCCCCUCCUGGAGCCGCACGGCGUUAACCGUAACCCUAUUCCGCAAGCUGGAGCUGCAUAUAUUUGAAGACUAG